CGGUGAUGACGCGACGGGAGCGCGGUUGCUAUGGCGGCUGGGAACGCGGGAAGGCCCGGGGGAGACCGAGAGAAGGUUGGGAUCCUGAGGCUGCUGUGCGAUGCAGAGGGAUUCCCGCACCGUUCCGAGCGGGCCGCACCGCCAGAUGGACUCCCCGAUUCGAGCUGAGGACCUGAUGAGCGACGUGGAGCUGCUGCCGCCGUCUGCGCCUAGCUCUGCGCCGCCGAGCCCGUGCCUCGCCACCGCCGCGGACGAGUCCAACUGUGGGCGCUCUGCUCCUCCCGCCGCGUCACGCUCCCUGCCCAGCAGCCCCCAUGCCAGCCUCGCCACCACCUCCUCUGAAGUGACAGCCAGGCUGUACUCCUCGCUGCGGGCCAGCCGCGAGCUGGGAGCUGCCCGCUCCUCCCCUCCUCCUUUCUCCUCCUCCUCAGGUGCCCUCACCAACUGUUCCAAAGAUUCACCCCACGUCCUCAGGCCGACUGCCAGCAGCCAGGCUGGGCCGGGCACCUGCAAAACUGCUGCCUCCCGCCCUCCAAAGUCUGUCCAGUUCUCCAAGGAGGCCCCUAGGCCGCUGGCACCCCCUGGCCUGGAAGAUCUGGCUGUGCAGGCGGCCCAGCGACUCUCCAAAAGGGCAGAAGGCAGCGAAGCGCUGAAGGGUGGAUCCAGGCACAUCUCGGAGAUGGAGUCGGUCCGGUCCCACCUGCAGAACAUGUUGAAACUCUCCGAGGAUCUCACCUGCAGGGUCAGCCCCAGCUCCCCAGUGUCAAAGGGGGCUGAGGACCAGAGGGAUGACGACUCCUUUGAGAGUGACUGCACCAGCGCUUUACUCAGUGCCAAACCUUAUCAGAUUUCUGUGUCCCCGCCAUUGCCCCUCCUGGGAUUGGAUGAGGCUUCUCUCUUCCCUCGGUAUUCCCAUAUGCGGCUGGGAACGGGAGAGGGACUGGUGGCUGAAUCCUCCGUCUACGAGAAUCAGAUUCUGAAGGACACCCUUGACAAAGAGCGCACCAGGAGGAAGCACUGCGAGAAACAGAUUCAGAGUCUGCAGAACAAGAUCCUGGAACUCCAGCAACAAUUGGCCGUGGCAGUGUCAGCUGACCGGAAGAAGGACAUUAUGAUUGAGCAGCUGGAUAAGACGCUGGUGAAGGUGGUGGAUGGUUGGAAGAAACACGAUUCAGAGAAAUCAGAAGCCAUGAGGCAGUUGCAGGAGGAUCGCGAGGCGGCAGAGAAGGGGUGCAGCAAGCAGCAACAGGUCAUGUUCAACUUGGAACAGCGUUUAUCUCAAGCAAACCAAACUCUGGUGAAGGAGCAGCAAGAAAAGGAUCUCCUGGAGGUGGAGCGGGGCAUGUUGGAGGAGCAGAACCAGAAGUUACAGAAGGCUCUGGAAGUGGAGCAGCAACGCUGCCUGAGGGUGCAGGGUGACUGCGAAACAGCAGAGACCAGCAGGCAGCACGAGCGCAAACAGGCCGAGGCAUUGCGUGCCAAGCUAGCAGAGGAACGACAGGCGAGCAGCCAACGUGAAAAGCAACUGGAGCAGAGGAUCACGCAGCAGGAAGAAGAGCUUCAGAAGCAGCUGGAGAAGGAGAAGGCAACCGCUCAACGUGAGACUCAGCGAGCGCAAGAUGCACAGCAAGUCCUUGGAUCUGUCCAAACGGAAUUGCAGAGGGUGGAAAUCGAACUGGACACAGCAAAACGUGACAAGGAAAAUCUGCAGAUGGAGCUCAGCCUGGUCAAGGCACGCUUUGAAUCACAGCGGGUCAAGAGCGAGACAGAGUUUAAGAUGGCCCUGGAGCAGCAGGUGACAGAGCGCCUGGCAGCCGUGCAUGAAGACAGCACCCGGCAGACAGCCGCUGUACGAGAGCAGCUCAGGAAACAGAUCAUGGAAAUGGCUGCACAGCAUGAGGCCGAGAUGGGAAAGCAGCUAGCUGAGUUCAAAUCGGAGCUGCAGGAGCGGGAAGAGAAGCACCGUGGUGUGGUUGAGGGGUAUGAGAUCAGGCUGGCGAAAGCACAGGAGGAGACAGGCAGACUCCUCGCUGCAAAGAGGAAGCUGGAGGUGCAGCGAGGUGAGAUGGUGAUCAAGCUGCAGAGCAUGAUGCAGACCCACUGGAACGAAGCACUGAAGGUGCUGAUGUCUGAAGGGUCACCCCCAGGCCACCAGAGACUGUCGCAACCUGCCCUCCAUCAUGACCAAGUGCCUGUUUAUAGGGAGCUUCACCGCACAACAUCAGCCAACGAAUCUGAUCUCUCGUCCUCCUCGACAUUGCCCUACCCAGUCCCAACCUCAGACACUGUCCAGCUGAAGCAUUCCUCUGAUGGCAGGGACACUCAGCAAUCUGGCACCCAAGCACACGGGAAUCUGGUCAAGCUGCAACACUCAGCUUGGGUCGGCCAAUGGGAGGAAUCCCAGUUCGCCAAUUCGGCCCUGGACUGCAAGGUUCGGGGUGAUGGGAUUGAGGUUGGACAACCCCACCAUGCCAGUGGAGAGCCUUGUGUGUUCAUGGAUAAUUCCACGUCAGAUGUUCAAAGCUUCCAUGGUUCAAUUCCUCAGGCCAUUCCCUUGCAGCCUGUGGCACUGGCUCCCUCUCACCAGCUGGCACCGAUGGCAGCCAAAGACCAGGAGUCUGACCUGCAUCCCAACAACCUUGGCAGACACCAUACACUGGCUUCAACUGCUGCUGAAACUCUGAAGCCCCUGAUGAAAGGUGGAGGAGGUUACCUGCAGCAGGGCCUCUCUCACUCUAGCAACCAGCCCCCACUGUGUGGGAACUCGUGGUUCUCUGAACAGAGCCAGAACCAGUCAGCGAUGCUUCCCCUGCUGCCCUACCAGCCAUCAAUGGAGGACCUCAGCCAGCUGUUAAAUUACAGCUUCCUCAGCCAUGGCAGCUUCCAGCCUCUGGAACCACAGGUGGACGAGACCAUGGUAACAGCCUCUGGGGUCCAUCCCGAUGAGCUAGCCGAACGCCCGUUCACCGAAGACGCAGAUGACAGCAGGCUAACCCACGAUCAGCCGGCCAGUGAGGGUGGAACCACCAAGAAUAGCAGCUUUGAGUCAUCAGGGGGACAAUCCUCCUCCCAGGAGCAGAACUCCCGAAGCAGUGAGCUCCAGUAUUACAUACAAAUGCUUUUAGACCGAUCGCCUGGGGAUCCUGUGGAAACUGGUGCGGAACCUGAGAAGCCCAAUGUAGUUCAGAAUGAUGUGACAUCCCAGCAAGGAGGAUCUCCAGUUUUGCAUGGUUGCCCCACUCUCUGGGAGAGUGCCAGGCCGCAGCCAAUGAGACAGUUCCCAGUUGGCCAGAAGAGCAAGCCUUCCAGCCGAGCCGUGCAGAAAGUGAAAGUGGAUCCCUCGGAGGCCGUCCCUCUGCAGCGGGCACUUGGAUCGCAAAGUCCUCGCAAAUCAGGAUUUUCAAGUGGAGUGCUGUCGCCUAAGCAGGUUGGUGAGCUGUCACGGUUGCUGAGCGUGCACCAUGUCACCUCCAACCGACCUGCUCCAGCCAUGGAGGAGCUGUUCACCUACCUGAGGGACAUCCAGCAGCAUGGGCCAGAGGGUUCAGAGACAGUGGCCGCAUCUGCUCGAAGAAACUUGGAUCAGAAGUUAAACCUAGUGGCCAAAGCAGAGUGCUCAGCUGCACAGAACAGCCAAAGACGGUUCUUGGCAAACAAGACAGUGACGGAAAAGAGCUCCAAUCCAGGCAAACUAGGGAAGAAACCCGCGCCGAGCAGCCAACCAGGCAGCAGAGGAGCAAAAACAGCGGUCUGGAGAUGAGUAAUCUUUGACACUGGGAAAUAAUUCCAGUGACCAAUCAAUCCCAAUGCUCUGCUCUGGUCAGUAUAGCCCAUUUGUCCAAGAUUGAGGUGGGAUAGAACCAGUUGGCAAGACAAUGGGAUCUUGUGAUCAAGAUUCUCCUUGUGCCUAAUUUUACGGUAAUGCUGAGGGGUUGACGUGAUUUUCAGUGCUGGUUUGCACUGAGCAUUUAUGCUCAUGAUGUCCUUUGGCAUCAGUUGGUAAUAGUGCCAUAUGAAAGGCAAUGGGACAGCAUUGCCUUUUACAGUCCGAAGCACAUUGAAAUGGAUGUCUGUAGGGAUCUUUGUCCUGCAAGUAACCUGUGUUAUACCUCCCGGCCCAAAUAUAAAUGGUGGUAUGUCUCUUCAGCAUGGCAGAAUGGAAUCAUAGGUCAUUGAGAUACAAAGGAAUGAAUUUUCUGCUUCAUCACUUACUCCAGCAAUUAACUUUCCAAUCAUAUCACUCCCUAGUAACUAUUCCAUGUUGCAGCAUAUUGUCUGGUCAAGUUAAUGUAUUAACGAACUGUGAGUGUUACAAAUUGUGUUUAGAUUAACCUCCAAUUCUUUGCAGGUGUUUUUCCCCACUUUUCUGCUUUCAAGCUUACUAUGCACCUAUUUUGGGUUGUUUUAUAAUCUGUUUUCCUGUUUAAUUUUGCGAUAAUUGGACUUUGCAUCUGAGUCAAGUAACAAUCACCUUGUUAGCUAUCCAUGAAAAGAGUUCUUGAUACAACUGUUUCAUUCUCACUGAUUUCAGUGACUUCCUCCCCUUCUCUGUCUCUAUCUGUCUAUCGCUGUGUCUCUCCUUUCAGUCCCUCACUUCCCUUUCUGGCCCUUUUACUCCUUUACUAUUCUGUCUUGCUGUCUCCUAUUUUACUCAUCAACCUUUGCCACUGUGCUGUGCUGUGCUGUGACAUGACAGCGACAGGUGUCACCCUGGAGAGAUAGACCACCUCCAUUCUGAUUUGCAAAGCAUUCCUUGAUUGCUUUCUCCACUUGUGUUGAUCCUUGCUGACAUAUCUGACCCAUUAAUUCCUGAGACAAUGAUUUCUCAUUGUAAAAGCAAUUUAUUUUGGUUAGAAUGCUGCAUUUUAAACUAUUUUUUAAAAAAAUGCAUUAUCACAAAAAUUAGCGACCUUUCUUGGAAAGAAUAUUUUUCUGCGGCUUUAUAUCUGUACGAGUAACUUUUGAUAAAUACGUCAAGAUGCUAAAUUUUCAUUCUUCUGUUGGUUUUUACAGCUAAAUUUAAUCUUGGGCUGUGUUCUGUUUAAGAUAUUGCUGCUAGGAUUUCAGUCCAACAUCCAGCACACAUUUCUGGUCUUUAGUAGUUCUGGCUGCAGAAAGACUAACAGUUACUUUAGCAACCUUGCUUCUGUUUUGUGUGUGAAGUGCAGGUUAAUAUCCUGAGGCUGAUCAUGUCUGUGUAUAAUUUUGGUUUAUUUUUCGGAAUGCCAACCUGCUGUACUUUGCCACCAGCCCGUAGUGGAGUGUUGUAACAGGCCUGUGUCCCACCUGGUUUACAAGGUUUGGUUUACAUUCCAGUAACUUUUAUAUUGUUAUUAAAAUUAGGUGCUACUUGGCUCACUGGAGCCCCAGGACCUGCUGGAAGCUUGUCAACAUUUCCACUCCCUCUGCUAUUUCCAAAACAUUUUAGCUAUUGUAUUUAAAUGGCCCUACAGCAUUUAGGAGUAAAUGAGGAACUUGGAGGAAGGUCAAGGGGCCUUGUCCAACAUUCGCACUUACUUUAACUCUGACCCACCAUGGUGGCUGAGAGUGUGGGUGGGCUGGUGGUAUUAAAUACAAGGCAUAUUAAGUGCAGCUUUCAGCAAUGUUCUGUUGUUUUGGAUUCUGCUCCAUGAAGUCCACAGAUUUCUGAGGCGAGGUUUCAACACCCCUCCCCCAAGAAAACCUGGAGUUGUGGGCGAGGGCAAUAGUUCUAUUGCACCUUAACUUUGAAUAUGCAGAGGGAAAAGAUUGCACCAAGCAUUAGUGACGGCAGUAUUUUAACAUCUGCAGCUGACCUCAUCCACAUUGUAAAGUCUAUAUUGGCUACCCUGUUAACUUCCAACUUCCAGGUGUGUAACCUGCCUUCCGUCCUACUGGAGAAGUUAUGGCAGAUGAUUUGAAUUGUGCUUGUGUGUUCCUGUGGGAAGCACAAGAAGUGUCAUUUGGAUUGACUGCUAAGUUUUAUAAUAUUUUUGUUUUAAAUUUUCAAGUAAGUGUUUGGUCCCUUUAUUUCCUAACACUUUGGUUCAGGUUAAUAUUUGAAAGUACAACGAGCCCGCAUUGAGACUCUGCUUUGAAUUCUCCCCCCAUACUGACAGACAAGAGUGUCCACAUGUCAAGGACAAGGGGGAUCAAUAGCUUCAGGCUUUAUGAGCUUGUAUGAUGAAGCCGAAAAUCAGCUGCCCUCUAAGGAGUGCUGUGUGUUGGGGAUAAUCUACUAACAUUGACAUAACCUCAGGCACCCCUGCAAAGAGUGAAAUACUUUUGUUUUUGUUGGGGAGAUGGGGCAUCCUUAUUACAUAAGCCGUAUAGCACAAAGAGAAGCCAUCCAGCUCAAGCAAUCUUUCUGUUGAAAGAAGAGUGAUUGAGCAGAAAGCUGCAGGCAUGUCUUGUCAGCCCACUUCUCCUCCUGAGUUUCCUUUCCACGAUGAUGAGCAGUCAUGUUUGGCACAUGGCACUUUCUGAUUAACCAGCCCCCCGCAAACACAGGCACAUAACCACCUGCCCAGGUUUAACCCCUACCCUGUGAACCUCUCCAAACAGUUCACCCCAGAUAGUUUGGAAAGAGCUUCACUGGACAUCCCAAAUAUGCUAGCAAUCUAAAGAAGCCUGCGACCUUCCCAAUGUGGUGUCCCAUGCAGCUACAUACAGGAUGCCAAAUCCCAAGUCCUGCACUUAAUUAUUUAAUACAGUAUACAAGCAUAUAUACAGCUUUGUGCGACAUACCCCUAUCUCAGUUGAAUUCAUUAUCUUUUGCUGUGUAUUGAUUCUAUUUAGUUGACUGUUUGUUUAUAUUUAUGUCUGUCUGCAUUGGUUUUUACAAACUUAAAUACCUUAUUUUAAUAUGGAUUUUAUACAAUAAACUUUUAUGUAACUUUUAACUUAAAAAAAACCUUUUAAUGCCUGUGUUGGCCUGAAUGCAAAGUUGUUGUCAUUUUCUGGGUAUUGGUAUCUGCUUUGCAAUAGCAGACCUCCUUUCAAACCUGAGGACCGAGUGUGGGCAUGGGUGCUACAUAAUUAUUAAUUUUGCUGUGUGCUUGUCUUGGGUUUAAAAGUCUGCAGAUUGUAAGGGGUAUGAGGGGUUGGGCA